UUACAACAAACAAGAAAAUGCAGACAGAUCCCAGUGAAUAAGGGACACUUAUUCUAAAAUUGUCUUCAGUACCUAUGCAAUUGAGACAGAACUCAAAUUCACUAGCCUAAACAAUGACUAUAAAAUCAAUCAUUCUUGUAAUGGUGUAUCUUCAAACCUACACUGCAAAUGGACAGAUAAUAUGUGAGAGGCAAAUGAGUGUGGAAUGGCGCGCACAACCAAAGCAGCACAUCAUGAAAUGGACUCUGAUGAAUAACAUCUGCUCGAACUUCUACACAGAUUGCUGGAAUAUAAAUACCAAUAUUGAAAGGAACAUCCUAGAACAGGAGGCUUUGAAUGUCCCUCAAAUAUGUCCUUUUCAGCUUCAGUUGGGGGAUAGUCUGUUCAUAUCUUCAGAAGCAUCUUUUCAGUCACAUGGGAUGAAUUUGGGGAAUGUUUCCAUGGAAGAAUUUAUUAGGUGCCCCUCAGAAGGCUUUCUUCAAGAUCAGUUGAUUUUUGGUUGCAGGUUAAGAGGGAUGCACCAAGUUGACCCUCGGUGGCUCGGAGUUGGAACUCAUUAUUUUGCAGAAGUUCAGACCAAAGGACCACCGUUAUGCAACCUGGGCCUUCGGCUCAAUGUAACAGUGAAGCAGCAAUUUUGCCAACAGUCUUCAAAUGAACCCUUUUGCUCCAGGCAUGGCAGAUGCUUAAGCCAUGUAUGGGAUGAGGCAUAUAACUGCCACUGUUCUCAACAGUAUUUUGGAAGAUUCUGCGAGGAGUUUGAUGCAUGCUCCAGUAAACCCUGCCACAACAAUGCCUCCUGUAUUAACACAAGAGAAGGAACUAUUGGGGAUUCCUAUGAAUGUGCCUGUCCCACACAAUUUGCAGGUAAAAACUGUUCAGAAAUAAUUGGACAGUGCCAGCCCCAUACCUGUCUGAAUGGCAACUGCAGCAAUGUUACUCCAAAUACUUUUCUUUGUGAAUGUGACAAAGACUUUACAGGUGCAUUUUGUGAGGAGCCCCUUGAGCCUUGUACUUCUCAACCAUGCCUGAAUGGGGGGAUAUGCCAGAAUAAUGAGCAUGAAUAUGUUUGUGAAUGUCUGGCUGGAUUUCUUGGCCAUGACUGUGAAAAAGAUGUCAAUGAAUGUUCUUCAAGGCCAUGUCAGAAUGGAGCUACAUGCGUUGAUAUGCCAAAUGAUGUGGCAUGUAUCUGUUUGCCAAUGUUCACUGGCAAGUUCUGCGAUAGUGUGUUGGGACCAUGUGAGUUAUCACCUUGCUUAAAUAACGCUACUUGUGUAGAUCAGCAGCAGAGCUAUUAUUGCCGCUGCUUGCCAGGAUUCACUGGAAAGAACUGUGAGGAAGCAAUUGACUACUGCAGGCUGCUCAGCAUCAACUGUCUGAAUGAAGGAUUGUGUCUCAAUAUAAUUGGAGGAUUCAGUUGUCUCUGUGCUCCUGGAUGGACAGGGGAAUUCUGCCAAUCUGUUGAAAAUGCAUGUUUAAUUUACCCUGACAAUUGCUACAAUGGAGCUACUUGUAUCGAUAUGAGCCAAUCGAAUGAGCAACCACAGUUUCAAUGCCUGUGUCUUCAUGGUUUCACAGGAGCGUUCUGUGAGAUGGAAAUUGAUGAGUGUGGUUCCAAUCCAUGUAAACACGGAGGAACAUGCAUUGAUUCCAUAGGCCAUUUUAAGUGUACCUGCCUCAUGGGAUUUGAAGGUGAAAAAUGUGAACUGGAUAUCGAUGCCUGCUUAUUCUACAAUAUAAGCUGCACCUCAGAGGAACUGUGUGUGGACAGACCUCAUGGACUUAAUUAUACAUGUUUGUUACCAUGUAUUGAAAAUAUAGAGUCAUGUGAAAAUGGAGGUAGCUGCUUCCUUGAUGAAGACAACAAGAGUUCUCAAUGUGUCUGUGCUCCUGGAUGGACUGGGCGAACGUGCCUGGAGAACAUUAAUGACUGUGAAGAGAACUGGUGCCAGCAUGGAGCCACUUGUGAAGAUGGAAUCAAUGAAUACAGGUACCCCUGCACUGAGAUUCCUGUAGGGGAUGUGUUAGUGUCAGAUAUGCUAGAUCUGCCUCUGUGA